AUGGCUGAUAUUAACUCUGUAAUUAGAAUUAAACCACACCAAUACAUUCAUGUAUUAGAUAAUAAUACAAAUGUUACUAGAGUUGAAAUUGGUCCAUUCACUUUUACACGUCAAGAUCAUGAGAAAGUAGUUGCUGGACCAGAGCCAAUGAUUAUGAUUCCAUUGAGAAACUACUGUACUAUUGCUAACCCAGUAGUUCGUAAGGAUGAUGGUGCUUUGGUUUUGGAUGAAUAUAAUCAAGUAAAGUUGAGACAUGGUGAUGAGGAAAUCAGAUUUUCACAAGACCCAUUCCCAUUGUACCCAGGUGAAAAGUUGGUCGGUAAGGUAACUGCCCUCCAAAUCGUUCCACCAAUGCGUGCAUUGCGUUUGCGUGCCCUCCGUGACUUCACCGACAACAAGGUUCAACGUGUUGCUGGUGACGAAUGGUUGUACGAAGGUCCAGGUACCUACCAACCACGUAUCGAAGUCCGUAUCGAAGAGGAAAUCAAGUCGACUAUCAUCGCUCCAAACCAAGCUCUCAAGUUGCGUGCCAACAAGGCAUUCACCGACCGUACCGGUGUCGUCAGAAAGGCUGGUGAGGAAUGGUUGAUCCGUACUGUCGGUGGCUACCUCCCAGGUGUCGACGAGAAGGUCAUCGAUACCAUCAACGCCUACAUCUUGACCGACAAGAAGGCUCUCCACUUGAAGGCUAUCAAGUCAUUCACCGACGAAUCCGGUAAGGCCAGAAAGGCUGGUGAAGAAUGGUUAGUCACCUCUGCCGACUCUGAAACUCACAUUCCAGACGUAUAUGAAACCGUUGUUGGUGAAGUCCCAAUUACCACCCUCUCCAACCGUCAAUACUGCGUUGUCUUGGAUCCAAUCGGUACCACCGGUAAGCCACAACUCGGACAAAAGGAGUUGCGUAAGGGUGAACUCUCUUUCUUCUUGCGUCCAGGUGAAUCAUUGGAGCGUGGAAUCCAAAACGUCUACGUCUUGAACGAACAAGAAGCUUUGUUGUUGCGUGCCAAGGAAACCUUUACCGAAGGAACCACCAACCAUUUGGCCGGUGACCGUUGGAUGAUUUACGGUCCAACCGACUACGUUCCACCAGUCCAAGUCGAUGUCGUCGAGAAGCGUAUCUCCAUUCCAUUGGAUGACAACGAAGGUAUCUACGUCCGUGACAUCAAGUCCGGUAAGGUCACCACCAUCUCUGGACGUUCCUACAUGUUGAAGCCAAACGAAGAGCUCUGGUCAAUGGAACUCGAAAAGACCGUCGAGGAAAUCUUGGUCAAGGACAACAACAACCCAGAGUUUGCCGACAACCGUGAUAAGACCCGUGUCGUCACCUACCGUGCUCCACACAACUCUGCUGUACAAAUUUACGAUUAUAAAGAGAAGAAGUCUCGUGUUGUCUUUGGUCCAGAUUUAGUUAUGUUGGGUCCAGACGAACGUUUCACCGUUCUCUCCUUGUCUGGUGAGAAGCCAAAGCGUCCACACAUGAUCAAGGCUAUCGCCCUCUACUUGGGUCCAGAUUUCAUGACUGAUGUUGUCAUUGUCGAAACCUCUGACCAUGCCAAGCUCUCCUUGAAGCUCUCAUACAACUGGCAAUUCACCGUCGACAAGACCAAGAAGGAAGAUGCCGCCAAGAUCUUCCAAGUCCCAGAUUUCGUUGGUGACUCUUGCAAGGCUAUUGCCUCACGUGUUCGUGGUGCCGUCGCUUCCGUCCCAUUCGACGACUUCCACAAGCGUUCCGCUGAAAUCAUCAGACAAGCCGUCUUUGGUACCCAAGAGAACUUUGCCUUCACCUCUAACAACUUGGUCAUCACCAACAUUGAUAUUCAAUCUGUAGAGCCAGUCGACCAACGUACUCGUGACUCCCUCCAAAAGUCUGUACAAUUGGCCAUUGAAAUCACCACCAAGUCUCAAGAGGCUGCCGCUCGUCAUGAAGCUGAGAAGUUGGAGCAAGGUGCUCGUGGUCGUUUGGAACGUCAAAAGAUUAACGAUGAGGCUGCAGCUGAGAUUGCCAAGAAGGAACUCUUGGAGCUCCAGGCUCAAUCUGCUGCCGUCGAGUCCACCGGUCAAGCUACCGCCGAAGCCCAAGCUACAGCUGAGGCUCAAGCCAUCACUGCUCAAUCCAAUGUCGACCAAGCCAGAUUGAGAGCUCAAGCCACCAAGAUCCGUGCCGAGUCUGAAUUGCUCUUGAUCAAGCAAAAACGUGAAGCCGAGUUGGCCUACAAGAAGCAACUCGAUGAUUUGGAACUCCAAAGACAACGUGAACUCUCUACCAUCGAAGCCAAGAAGUUCAAGCAAUUGGUCGACUCCAUCGGUCAAGAGACCCUCAAGUCCAUCGCCCAAUCUGGUCCAGAGAUGCAAGCCAAGUUGCUCCAAGGUUUGGGUCUUUCUUCAGUUAUGAUCACCGACGGUUCAUCACCAAUCAAUCUUUUCAACACUGCCAAUGGUUUAAUCGGUGGUGCCCCCAAAGCCAGCAAGAAGUUUUAA